AAAGAAAUAUACAUACGAUUUAUUUAUGUUGACCAAAAUAACACUCACAUAAAUUUUUAAAAUUUAUUUUCUCUUAAACUCGUGGAUAAAAAACUAUAUAAAGUUUAACAUUUCUAAAUGUAAUAUCUAUGAAAUAAAGCCAAAUAUUCAACCAUAUUUUAAGGGUUAUGGCGGAUUUAGAAGCUGUUUUAGCUGAUGUCAGCUAUCUGAUGGCAAUGGAAAAGUCGAAAUGCACUCCUGCAGCAAGAGCCAGCAAGAAACUAACUUUACCAGAUCCCAGUGUCAGAAGUGUGAUGUAUAAAUACCUGGAAAAGGAAAACGAAUUAAACUUUCACAAAAUUUUUAAUGAAGUUUUGGGUUACUUACUUUUUAAAGAUUUUUGUGAGAACGAUUCUGAUGAACCUAUUCAGCAAUUAAAAUUUUAUGAACAGAUAAAAACAUUUGAAAAAACAGAAUGCUAUGACGAGCGUAAAAAGUUAGCAAGGGAAAUUUAUGAUAAUUUUAUAAUGGAAGAAAUGUUAUCACACACAUAUGAAUACUCAAAAGAUGCUGUUGCCAGUGUUCAAAAAUAUUUGCUAAAAAAUGAAGUUCCGGUUGACUUAUUUGAACCAUACAUGGAGGAAAUAUUUACACAGCUUAAAGGCAAACCAUUUAAAAAGUUCUUAGAUAGCGAUAAAUUUACUAGAUUUUGUCAGUGGAAAAAUUUGGAACUAAACAUACAACUUACAAUGAACGAUUUCAGCGUACAUAGGAUAAUUGGCCGCGGGGGUUUUGGAGAAGUCUACGGAUGCCGAAAAGCAGACACCGGAAAAAUGUAUGCUAUGAAAUGUUUAGACAAGAAGAGGAUUAAGAUGAAGCAAGGUGAAAUGCUGGCAUUAAAUGAAAGAAAUAUGCUGCAAGCAGUCAGUACUGGAAUCGAUUGUCCCUUCAUAGUUUGUAUGACAUAUGCAUUUCAUACGCCGGAUAAACUUUGUUUUAUAUUAGACUUAAUGAACGGUGGCGACUUGCACUAUCAUUUAUCUCAACAUGGUAUUUUUAGUGAGGACGAAAUGAAAUUUUAUGCGGCAGAGGUCAUUUUGGGUUUGGAACAUAUGCAUAAACGUUGCAUUGUAUACCGUGACUUAAAACCGGCCAACAUAUUGCUCGAUGAAAACGGACACAUACGAAUUUCUGAUUUGGGAUUGGCUUGCGACUAUUCAAAAAAAAAACCGCAUGCUUCAGUGGGAACUCAUGGAUACAUGGCACCAGAAGUGCUCUCAAAAGGAACAUCAUAUGAUUCUUGCGCUGAUUGGUUCAGCUUCGGCUGCAUGUUAUAUAAAUUGCUUAAAGGUCAUUCUCCAUUUCGACAACAUAAAACAAAGGAUAAACAUGAAAUUGACAAAAUGACAUUAACUAUGAAUGUUGAACUCCCAGAAUCGUUUUCCCUGGAAUUAAGAAAUUUGUUGGAAUUGUUGCUUCAAAGAGACGUACCUAAACGUCUUGGCUGUAUGGGAAACGGAGCGGAUGAAGUAAAGAUGCAUAAUUUUUUUUGUGGAAUCGACUGGCAUCAAGUUUAUAUUCAAAAAUAUACUCCACCCUUAGUACCUCCAAGAGGAGAAGUAAAUGCCGCUGAUGCCUUUGAUAUCGGAUCGUUUGAUGAAGAAGACACAAAAGGCAUUAAACUAAACGAAUCCGAUCAAGAUCUCUACAAAAUGUUUUCGCUGACCAUAUCGGAAAGGUGGCAACAGGAAGUUUCUGAAACAGUAUUUGAAACAGUCAAUGUCGAGACUGAUAGAAUUGAACAAAAACGAAAAUCAAAGCAGAAGCAUCAAUUUGAUACAGACGAAAAGGAAUCUGACUGUAUUCUACAUGGGUACAUAAAAAAACUGGGAGGAUCCUUUGCUUCUUUAUGGCAAACAAAAUAUGCGAAGCUCUAUCCGAAUAGAUUAGAGCUUCACUCUGAAAGUGGAAAUAAUAAACCAGAAUUAAUAUUUAUGGACCAAGUGGAAGAUAUUUCAACCGAUUUCAUUCAACACAAAAACGAGAAUUGUAUCCAAAUUCGAAUUAUCGAUGGUACUCGAGAUGGUAGAAUCAUGUUAACUAAUUCUGACGAAAUAGGUUUAAAGGAAUGGGCUUCAUCUCUAAGAUCAGCACACAAAUUGUCUCAAGACCUACUGGGAUCGAUGGCAAAAAAGGCUGGAAAAAUUUAUGGUAGUGAACGAGAUGCCAAUAAAUCCAUGUAUAUUCUUGGGGGAAACUGUUCAACGAAAAGUUCUAAUGGCUCUAAUUGAAUAUAUAUUCAUUCAAAAUUGUAUUAACCGAAACAUUUCUGCUAUGUAAUAUGUAGAUCGUAAUAAUAAUAAAUGUGGAGAAAAAAGAA